CCAGCAGCAAGGUACACUCCUCUGGAACCGGGAUCAGCUGCCCGAUCUCCCAGACCAUAUCACCGGAUGGUGGUUAGCUGACAGCACUCAGAUUCCCGAGGGGGAUCGCCUGUUGCUGGGGAGACCACCGAGCGGGAAAGGCAGACUGCCCCAGGAGGGGGAGAGAGCCCGGGGACAGAUGGCUGCGGCCUACCUGACAGGCCUGAGCCGGCUGGCUGGAGUUGCUGGGAGCUGUGCGUCGGGGGUCCCGGGGCUGUCCCUCUGGUCAGGCCUGAUGGGAUUCCGGCUGUUGGCGUUGGUCAUCGCUGACCGCCCGUGGGGCAGUGGGCCCCCCCAGCUCCUGUGUAACCUCUCCUCCUCCUCCUCCGCCCCCUUGGAGUUCUGCGCCAACUCCUGCUACAACCACCACUUCCGCUUCCCCCUCGACCUCUUCUGGCACCUCAGCUUCCUGCUGGCCCUUCUGCCCGUCUUCUGGCUCUACCUGCUGGCCCCCCGCCCCAGGCCGGGCCUAGCCCCGGACGGGCUGAGCGGCGGAGGCGGUUUGAGCCUGGAGGAGGCCUCAGGCCGGGCCCAGGCUCCGUCCCCGUCCCGGAGGUCGCGACCUUGGCCCUCCAUCGCCUGCGGACUUGCCCUGCUGGGCCUUGAGUCUGCCUUCCUGGGGGUCCUGCUCAAGGUCCAGCUGCCCCUGGUGCUGCCCACCUCCAUCCGCUGCACCGCGCCCGCAGGGGGUGCCUGCGUUGGGGCUGGAGGGGGCACCCUGACCUGUAUCCUCACUGCCCGCUCCGACAAGGUGGGGGCGCUCUACGUCAUGGCCUUCAGCUCCCUCCUCAACAUGGCUGUCUCCCUGGGUUACAUCGCCAGCACCUGCCUGGCCCCUCGGAGCUGCUGCCUGACCUGAAUCCACCCUCACGGCCCCCUCCCCCUCCCCCUCCCCGGUCCCACCUCCACCUCCUCCUUCCCCCUCCCUCACCUCCCUCCCCCCGGUAGCCAUUUUGAAGCCAAUCCCAGAUUUCACCUGAGGAAAUCCCUGUCUCUUGGCCCGUCCCGGUCUAUUCCCCGGGCCCCGGCCUAUCACUUUACAUCCCCCACCUCCCUCACAUUGCCCCUCACCCCCCAAACUUAACCCUCCCACCCCUCAUUCCCCUCCACUCCCAGGAUGACCAGGUGGCCUGUGAGCGAGAGGCCUAAGUGGGAAGGCUUCGAGGAGCCCUGACCAGGCUGGAGACGAUGGCCGCCGAUGGGGCCUAUCUCUCCGCUGGGCGGAGUCCGACCUGACGCUGCGGGAGAGGCCCCGUGGCCGUUGGGGUGGUGGUUCACCUCGGCUCCACGGCUUGGCCGCAGGGCAGGCUCUUGGGAAGUGUGCUAGGCCUCAGGCCUCUCCAGUUGGGUUAUUGAUGUCCUGUGCCAGAAGGUAUCCAGAGAGGGAUGGUCGCCGAUGGUUACGCAGUGGCCUGCUCCAUUCGCCCGCUGACUCAGAUACCGACGCAGUCCGUGUCCCAACCUCAGCAAGUUCGGGACAGAAUCCAGGCUCGGGUCUGACCAGGAACAUCAGCAACGCACAAACACCGGGCUACGCUCAUCGACAAGAAGAGACAAAAUAACCAUCGCCCCCUUGACGUUCAAUGGUGUUACCGUCACUGAAUCCCCCCUCUCUCCCACUAUCAACAUCCUGGGGGUGUCCCAUUGAGGGAGAGUCUAACCAUCGCCCCCUUGACGUUCAAUGGCAGUGCAUCCACAAAGCUCACCUGCCCUCUGCCCACCCAUGCUGAGGAUGCCAUCUACAGGGGGUACCGCGGGCACUCACCAACGAUCCUCCGACAGCUCCCUCCGAAUCCCCCGGUGCGCUUGUAUCCCGAGGGACAGCAGAAACCCGGGAAUGGCCAGGGAGCGUCGGCACCCGCCCUCUCCCUCACCCUUCUCUGGCGGGAUUCGGGAGGGCAUCUAGGGAUAGGGGGUCACAUAUCACCCGCCAGCCCAGGGGUGAAUGGGAAGAAGCGCCCUCCCCCAUUGCUCUGCAUCCCCCAGGCCAGAGGAAGGGUCACAGCCCAUGUCCUGUCUUCCCCAUGCACCUACCCACAAUGCCCAUUGCUCCUGGUUUCCCAACCCGGUCUGUCUCCGUCCGGGAGGAACAGGCUGGGCAGGGGGUCUCCGGGGAAUUACCCAGAUGAAAGGCAGA